GUUCUUACGUCUUCGCGUUUACGGAAACGCGAAAAAGAAAUACAUAGACCUGACAGUUUCCCAAUGUUACCUUACGUUUUUUAGGUGUUUUAUUUGACUUCCCCGCAUCGUUAUCGGGUUCUUGUUGUAAAUAGUUCACGUCUUCAUCAUGUGGGACCAUGAAAUUAAAGCUAUGGCGUCUACUCACGCGAUUAUCACCGCCUCGGUGUUCAUGGCCACGGUCAUCCCCGCGGUGUUUGUCCCGGGCUUCUCAGUGUAUGGGACUCACCUGCUGUGGGUCUACGCGGUGUCCGGUACGGUGACCUGUGUCAGCGUCGCUAUCUUCUGGCUGCUCGGCAUCUCACCGCCCACCAAAAAGCACACACUGGGAUACAAGCUGUCCAGGCUGUCUCGCUCCUGUUUGUACUUCUUCCUGUCGUGUUUGUUCUUCUACACGGUGGUGGUUCUCUAUGGAGCUCCAUUGAUAGAAUCUGCUUUAGAGACAUUUUCACUUUCUAUCCUCCUGACCUCACUGACCACGCUGAGGUGCCUCUGUGUUCUUGGCCCUAACGUUCAGGCCUGGAUACGAGUGUUCAGUCGGCAUGGAGCCAUGUCAGUGUGGGACACCUGCCUGCAGAUCACAGUGGCCUGCACCCUGAUAGGAGCCUGGGUUGGAGCAUUUCCAAUUCCUUUGGACUGGGACAGGCCCUGGCAGGUCUGGCCAGUUUCCUGCAGCCUUGGCGCUAUGAUUGGCUACCUGACCGGGCUUGUUUCUGCUCCCGCCUGGAUCCACUAUCAUCGCAAACAGCUCACAUACAAGUGCAAGUGACAGACAGACACAUGACCUCCUGUCUGCGUUUGUCUGAAUGUGUUCCUUUAGGUCUGUUAUAACUUUUUACUGAUUAUUUAUUGGAGAGCGUUUGCAGUGUUUUGAGUCUGUAAGGGAUUUUGUAACAACACGAGAGGUUGUUUUGUACCUGUGCAGGCUGAACUUGUGUUUUUUUGACAUGAAUAAACCAUUCCUUAAUUAAACAUGAA